AUGGAACAGUCAUCGGAACACAUUCAGGUUACUAUACAGAUGCCUUCUUUGUGGACAGAGACUUUAAUUCUUGCAUCGACAAUAUUGGAAGGUAACAGCUUUGUUAUCCAUUUACAGAAAUCAGAAGAUAAGUUUAAGAUGGAGAUUUGCGAAAAGUUAAGGAUGAUUAAGACAACACGUUUCGUUUCGCCUUUACUACGAAAAAAUUUCAAUGGACUUCUAUAA